AUGUCCUUCCUUCGUCGCAAGGAGCUUCGGCGCGAAACAAGAAAUCUCCUGUCGGAGUACAGCGAUAGUAGCACAAUUCACGGCGUAAAGUACCUCGGGGGCCCACGAAGGCGCCUCCCGGAACGUCUAUGGUGGCUCCUAGCCAUUGCGGCGUCUUUCUACGCCUGUGGCGCACUCAUUAUUAAUAUCUAUCGCAAAUGGACUACAGAUCCGGUCAUUGUGAGCUUCUCCCAAACUCCAACGCCCCUGUGGAAGAUUCCCUUUCCCAGUGUAACCAUUUGUCCGUUGAAUAAAGUGCGCCAGAGUGUUUUCAACUUUACCGAUGUCCUCACACGCCUUCAGGAUGAGCCAAGGACCAAUUUAACAGAUGAAGAUGUUGAGCAGUUGAGAGCACUCUCCUUGAUCUGCUAUAGCUACAACUUGGUUCACUUGAGGAAUGUUUCGGGUUUCUGGAGCAAUGCAACGGAGGAGUAUUGCUACCAACUAAUGGCGCAGGUUGUUUCAUCUGAAGAAGCCCUGUUUGACAUGUUCACCUGGAAAGGUUCCUCCAAUAAGACCUACCUGAGUUCCAUUGUAACGGAAGAAGGACUCUGUUUUGUCUUCAACAUGAUGACCAAUGCGCGGAUUUUUCGUGAUGAUGUGCUUUACUUUCAAAAACCUAACGCCAACAUGGCGUCCCUCAGGGGGAUUGAUUGGACGCCAGAAAAGGGUUUCCCACCCAAUGCUAGUUUGGACAGUUUUCCCUUUCGCUUUGUUAACGGUGGCACAGGGAAUUCCCUAGAAAUCGCUCUAACUACAAAUCCGACUGACUAUGAUUUUCUUUGUGAAGGUCCUUUCCAAGGAUACAACGUCCUGAUCAAUACUCCCGUUGAAGUUCCAUCAAUAAAUGGCGGUUACAUUCGUGUACCAUCCAACCAGGAGACUCUUAUCAUGCUAAAACCUCAUCUAAUUCAAACAUCAGACAAACUACGAUCGUAUGAACCUUCGGGGAGACAGUGCUACUACGAAGCCGAACGCUACCUUCGCUUCUUUCGCGUUUAUACGCAAUUAAACUGCGAAAUGGAAUGCGUGACAAAUUACACAUUAACUAAAUGCGGUUGUAUCGCCUUCCAUCUUCCACGUCUACGUGGAAUAGAAAUCUGCGGUCCUGCUAAGAUACAAUGCUACCGUGACGCAGUUGAGGAUCUCAACAACGUUGCAGUUGACGGAGUUAAGGGAUUAGAAGCUGAUGAAGAAACACCUAACUGCAACUGUCUGCCAUCUUGCACAUACCUAACCUAUGACUCUGAAAUAUCCUACGGUGACGUCAGCUUCAAAGGUCACUACCGCUCUAAUACUUACUUUGCAAGUGGAACCAAAGAGAACGUCUCAUAUGCCUACAUAGCGCUCUUCUUCAAGGAAGAUCAAUUCAUCUCCCUCCGUCGUGGUGAACUUUUCGGAAAAACAGACUUUGUAGCGAACUGCGGUGGUCUUCUGGGGCUCUUCAUGGGUGUUUCGCUACUUAGCAUUGUUGAGAUUGUCUACUUCUGCACAAUUAGACUUCUCUAUCGCCUCAAAGAAAAUCGCGAGAUUAUGCCAGAUCAUGUUCAUUGCACAUGA